CUGUCUCUCUCUGUUUCCCUCCCGACCCUGCUCUCAUUCCUUCAGGUCCCUCCAGCCGCCUCCUUCAGCAGAAGCGGGGGAUCAUAGGCAGAGGAGAAGUGACGGGAGAGCAGCAUCAGCAUCUCCCUCACUGCGGGACGCAGGGAGACAGGAAAGAGAGGUGGAGGAAUUAAGUUAGUUGGAGAGACCAGGGAGAGAGAGUUGGAGCUGUUUAGGUGGCAGCUGGGAGACCAGGAGCUUCUUUUCCUCCUUCCUCUUUCUGGCUGUGAGCUCUCUCUGGCUCCCCUUUUCCUCCUUCUCCUCCUCUUCUUCGUCUCCUCUGCUCCUUCUUCUCACCCCGACUCUCCUCCCAGCUCCCGCCGUGGGGUCUCAGCUCUCCAUCUCCCUCCCCCCCUCCCUGACUCCCUACCUCCCCCGGGCGCUGCUUGGAGACUCCGGGCUGCUGCGCCGCCGGAGGAUGUCUCGGAGGGAGUCUCCGCCGCCGCCUCCACAGCUGCUGGGGGGUCAGGGGGGCGACUGCGAGGACCGUCCGGAGCGCACGGAGCCGCUGUCCGACUCGGAGCGGGAGAUCAUCCAGGACACGUGGGGGCACGUCUACAAAAACUGUGAGGAUGUGGGGGUUUCUGUGCUCAUCCGGUUUUUUGUCAACUUCCCGUCUGCAAAGCAGUAUUUCAGCCAGUUCCAAGACAUGGAGGACCCUGAGGAGAUGGAGCAGAGCAGCCAGCUGCGGCAGCAUGCCUGCAGGGUGAUGAACGCGCUCAACACUGUGGUGGAGAACCUCAACGACCCAGAGAAGGUUUCCUCGGUGCUGGCGCUGGUGGGAAAGGCCCAUGCUAUCAAACACAAAGUGGAACCCAUAUACUUUAAGAUCCUGAGCGGAGUGAUCCUGGAGGUGCUGUCUGAAGACUUCCCAGACUUCUUCACAGCGGAGGUGCAGUUGGUGUGGACCAAACUGAUGGGGGCGCUGUACUGGCAUGUGACGGGGGCCUACACCGAUGUGGGCUGGCUCCAGGUCUCCAGCUCGGCAGUGUGAGAAAUCAGGAAGAUGGUAGAAGUUUUUGUUGGAGAAAUAAAUAGCUGCAUGUGUGAAAGAUUGGGAGUUUGGUUUCACAGACAUGGAUCAGAUUAACGCAGUAAUCCGUGCAACAUCCUUCCACACUUUGGUUGCGUUUUGGUGCUGAGCUUUUCUUGCUACGCUGCAGAGGUCAGCUGGACACCAAGCGAUGUAACUAGACAUCACCUUAGCUUAUGUAAGUGGUGUUUUGGUACAUGCGUCUUAGCGGGGGGGAAAAAAGGCUGUUGUUUUUAGUACCUACCAUCCAGUUCUUCUACAGGUAACUCCUGUUGCUUCGGAUCAUAGAAACCAUGACUCUGUGUGUAGCAUGAGUGCUUUCUUAUUAACGAACUGCCACAUGUUUAGGCGCGCAACUCUGAAAGCUUUCCGAUUUCACUUAUUUCUGUGGUGGUCAGUCUUAGCUGUAUCUCAAGGUCUGUUAAGCUGUAGAUGAGAACACAUGUAGUUAAACAUGAAAACAGAUGUACAAACUCUUGUCUUUUCAAAUAUUGGUUCAGAUAUUUUAUUUUCUGGGAGACUUAUCUUCUCAAAGAAGGUUAUAAUUAAACGGUAAGAGUAUCUGAUGACA